CAAUCAAAUGAAAAACCUCUCUUUUUUCUCUCUUUCUUUCUUCCUUUUGAUGCUACUACUCGUGUCGCCAUUUUACAGAUUAUUAUUAAAUGGGAAGAUUGAAUCAUAGAAAAUCUAAUCUUAAUUUCGUUACAAACACUUGGGUUUUAAUCCGCAUAACUUCUUGUUUCUCUUGAAAAAGAAAAAAAAAAAACCCUUUUUUUUUAUUUUGUGAAAUUUUCAUGUUAUCAAUUCAUCAACAAUUUUAUUUUCCUAUUUGAGUAGUGAUGCUGAGGAACAGAUCAAGAGCUGUAACGAAACAAUCACCGAUCAUGGCGGAUCACCAAACCCGUUCGGCUCCGAAUACUCCAAACCCGACCCGAUCUUUGUCAUCUUUUCUUGGUUCUCCAAGGUUCUUCAAUGGCUUCUUUUCACCUAAAAAUCUUUCACCAACUUCGAUUCUUGACACAGACAAACAAAUCUUUAAUUUUGCCGGUAACCCAUUUCGAUUCAGCAAAAACCCAGAAAAACCCACAAAGGAAUUUGAAAAAUUUCAACACAAAUCUGAGAAUUUUGAUUCUGGAGGUAUUGCUCUGGUUCUUGAUCAAGAAAACCAUAAUAAUGGUAAUAUUAUUAGUAAACCCAACGCUACAAGCCGGAAAAUUUUGUUUGGAUCAAAGCUAAAGAUUCAAAUCCCAUCGGGUGACCCGUUUGGGACCGGGUCACCCGAAUCACCUGGUGAUUUUGGGAUCAAGACCCGGGGUUCACAGUUUUCGGGUGGUCCGACUCCAACUGGAUCCGGGUCGCCCAGAUUAUUAACGGGUCAGUUGUCUUUGAGAGAGAUGGAGCUCUCGGAAGAGUAUACUCGUGUGAUCUCUCAUGGGCCUAACCCGAAAACGACCCAUAUUUAUGAUAAUUGUGUUGUGAAUAGCUGUUGUGGUGUUCGGGUCGGGUCACCGGAAGUGGAGAGUUUUGCAAGAGUUUGUCAGACUUGUAAGAAGAAUCUUGGUGAAGGCAGUGACAUUUUCAUGUACAGGGGUGAGAAAGCAUUUUGUAGUGAAGAAUGCAGAUGCCAAGAGAUGGUUUUGGAUGGAUUGAUGAUCCCUUAGCAUGAAAUCUUGAAAUGACUAUUUUGCCCCAACCCAUCUCUAUAGAUUCCAAUUUCUUGAAGUUUGACCAAGAUAAGAGGGGGGUUUUUGUUUUUCAAACCAAGGUUAAAUAAAGUUUUGGAUGUAGUGUUAGAAGUAGGUGAUGAUUUUGGUUUUUCCUUUGUUACAUUUAUUUUUGUUAUUUUUUUACCAAUUCCAAUAUCAUCUAUUGUACUAUGUGUUGAGAGAUGAGAGAGAAAUAUAUAAUGUAAAAAAGAAAAUUAAAUACAUAAAUAAAAGGUGUCCUUGUGAUGUUAGUAAUG